AUGGAAGAUGCUAAGGAAAUCCUUUAUGCUGGGCCUUAUUCUAUAGCUAAUAGGCCUAUAAUUCUCAAACCCUGGACCCCUGACUUUGAUUUCACUGAGGAAUUCCCUACUGAUAUCCCACUGUGGGUUAAGUUUCCUAAACUUCCUAUGUCCUGCUGGGGAAUGAGAUCUUUAAGUAGGAUAGCAAGUGUAUUAGGGAAGCCUAUUUUUGCAGAUGAAUGUACAACUAAACAAACUCGAGUAUCCUAUGCUCGGAUGCUUAUAGAGAUUAAUGUCACCAAAGAGUUGCCAAGUGAAAUAUGGGUGAUGGAACCAAAUGGGAAGAAGUUCUUACAAGAUGUGAUCUAUGAUUGGAAGCCUUCCUUUUGUGAGAAAUGCCAAACUGUAGGCCACAAGUGUCCAACCCAAAUGAAACCAACUACUCACCAACCCAAUCAACUGAAGAAAACAAAAGUUACUCAAGAAUGGAGAACCAAGGCACCUGCCACUAUUGCUGCUACUCACAAAAAACCCACAUCAUCAGCACCACAACUUGAUCAUACAAACAAGUUGAAUGAAGAUCAGAUAGCCACAGAGCCCAAUGAGCUACUAAGUCUGAUACCAGCCAUGGAGAAACAGGAAGAUAAAGGGAAAAAAGCUCAAAGCCAAGAAUUCAAUCUCCUUAAUUUCCCUCCCUUAUCACCUAUCCCUGUAAGUAAUAGGUUUGAAGCAGUGUCCAAUGGCAAAGGUGUAAAUAAAAGGUACAAACAGAAGGAAGUUAGGGAGUACAUUAGGAGUAAUAAAAUAAACCUAGUUGGCCUGGUAGAAACUAAGGUCAAAGAGGCAAAUGCUCAUAGAAUUGCUAAGCUGCUGGUUCCUGGAUGGGGCUUACUAACAAACUACAAUGAAGCUAGAAAUGGGAGAAUAUGGAUACUAUGGGAUACUAAUAUACUUAAUAUUAUUGGACUCCAGGAUGAUCCUCAAAUGAUACAUUGCCUAGUCAGAAGUAUAAGGGGAAAUAUCAAUUGCUAUCUCACUGUGGUUUAUGGAUUCAAUGGGAUAGAGCAAAGGAGGUCUUUAUGGGAAAAGCUUCAGCAUUCUGCAAUAACUAUUACAGAUGCAUGGUUAGUAGCAGGGGAUUUCAAUGCUAUGUUAUAUCCCAAUGACAGAAAAUCAUGCAAUCCUGUUAACCACUCAGAGAUCCAAGAGUUCAGCUAUUGUAUUCAGCAAACAGGACUAUCAGAACUACCUUGGAAAGGAGAUUAUUACACCUGGACAAACAAAUAUCCUGGAGCAGAUAGAGUAUGUAGCAGAUUGGAUAGAGUAUUUGGCAACUAUGAGUGGAUGAUGAAUUGGAGUCAUGUGGAAACAAUUUAUGGUCAACCUCAAAUCUCUGACCACAAUCCUAUGAUUCUGAUUCUAGCAGAUUACUCUUGGAAGGGAAAAGUGCCUUUUAGAUUCUUUAAUGCAUGGGCUGAUCAUGAUAAGUUUCAACAAACUGUGGCGGAUAGCUAG